UGUUAACUAAGCUCUCCCCAUUUCACUGUCAAGUAGAACUUGCAAUUUCUAGCACUUCUUUCUUUGUGAGCUACAGAGAGAGUGCUAGAGAUUUGCAAUUUUAGAAAUGGCUGGCAUUUCUGGUCAUUGGGCUUUUACUUUUGGUGUCCUUGGUAACAUUGUCUCGUUCAUUGUGUUCCUUUCUCCACUGCCUACAUUUUAUAAAAUUUACAAGAAGAAAUCAACAGAAGGAUAUCAAUCAAUUCCAUAUGUGGUUGCUCUAUUCAGUUCCAUGCUUUGGAUUUAUUAUGCAUUUUUGAAGACCAACACCACACUUCUCAUAACUAUAAACUCCUUUGGUGUUUUCAUUGAAACUAUCUACGUUGCUUUCUACCUUUUCUACGCACCAAAAAAUGCCAGGAUCCAAACUAUAAAGAUGCUCCUAUUAUUUGUGGUAGGUGGAUUUGGUGCAAUUAUCUUGGUUACUCAAUUUCUAUUAAAAGGGAUUGUUCGUGGACAAGUGGUUGGAUGGAUUUGCCUUGUUUUCUCCUUAUGUGUUUUUGUUGCACCCUUAGGCAUUGUGAGACAAGUCAUCAAAACAAAGAGUGUCGAAUACAUGCCAUUACUUCUAUCGGUAUUUCUCACAUUAAGUGCUGUCAUGUGGUUCUUCUAUGGUCUCCUACUAAAAGACAUUAACAUUGCUAUUCCAAAUGUAUUAGGAUUCAUCCUUGGAAUACUCCAAAUGGUGCUCUAUGUAAUAUACAACAAAAAGGAGCAGGCUAUCCUAAAGGAGCAGAAACUUCCAGAGAAGCUACAAAACCAUGUAGUAAUAAAUUUCAUAGAUGAGAAAAACAACAACCUUCCAGAACUCACUGAGGAACAGAUAAUUGACAUAGUGAAGCUUGGUUCACUAAUUUCCUCAGGGAAAAUUCAAGUGGCUUCCUGUCUGCAUGAUACUAUAUGUGCAGCUAAAACUGAGAACAAUGCUCCCAAUGAGCAGCAAAUUGAAGAAGCCAAAAAUUAAUUCCUUUGAUUUGAUUUACUCUUUCCUAACUUUUAAUGGCUAAUUAUCUUAUGUGUUUGUACACGAAUUUAAUGUUAGCUCAUAGAAUCAUAGUAUAUUUUUAUGGUAGUAUAAUUAGCUUAUUGGUGAUCAUGUACUCAAAAAAGCAAAAUUGUUGUCUUGAUGCAUAAAACGGCUUGCCCUUUAAUUAAUUUAGUGUGGUGGCAAUAAAAUAGUUUCUUAUCCAA